GCCAGUGUUUAGAUAAACGUAAUCGCUGCCAUCUAGCCUGUCCCGUCCCGUAGCACUGGUCACUAUACUUCUGGCGCUGAGUGAAGCGAGUCAAGUGUUUAUUGUUUUUGUGCGGUUUUUUCAUCGGGCGUUAUAUCGUGCAACUAUGAGCCGUAAACGUAAAUUGCAGAAGGUAGAGUUUGAGAAGUUGAAGAAAAAGAUGAGGAAGCUGGAACGUUCAAUGAAGUUGGACUCUUCUAGUUCGGAAUCCGAUACAGAGGGCAGACAGACACCACGUCUUGCCUUUCAUCAUCCUCGUCCGACAUCGAUGAAGCCAAGAAAGAGGUGAAUGUUACUGGCAUACUGGGAGAUGACCCC